CAAAAGGCGGCUCCGCGGGGGGAGGGGACCGGCCGGCCGGGACCGCCGAGCUGGGGCUGGGGAGCGCAGGUUUUGAUGCCAGCGGUGUGGAGUGGCAGUAGCUGCUAACACAAGUCUUCUGCAUCCCGACUCUGAGACGUGCUAGUUGUCGCAACAUCGGUUGAGUCUGUUGGAUCCACUUUGCUGCUGUCAUCUCUUCCUGCAUGGCUGAGAGUUGUUCCAUGUCGGAGAUCCCGAGCUCCUGGGAGAUAUACCAGCAAAAUGUAGCCUAUCUUCCGGAUGCCGAAAUGGAGAUUAUGGCAGCAAGCACCUCGCUGCCUGACCCAGGCGGCGAAUUCGAUAGGAACGUUCCCCGGAUCUGCGGUGUCUGCGGGGACAAGGCGACAGGCUUUCAUUUCAACGCUAUGACGUGCGAAGGCUGCAAAGGGUUCUUCAGGAGGAGCAUGAAAAGGAAAGCGAUGUUCACGUGCCCCUUCAACAGCGACUGCAAGAUCACCAAAGACAACCGGCGGCACUGCCAGGCCUGUCGGCUGAAGCGCUGCGUCGACAUUGGCAUGAUGAAAGAGUUCAUCCUGACAGACGAGGAGGUCCAGAGGAAGAGAGAGAUGAUAAUGAAGCGCAAGGAGGAGGAGGCGCUGAAAGAGAGCAUGAAGCCCAAGCUGUCGGAGGAGCAGCAGAACGUCAUCGACAUCCUGCUCGAGGCCCAUCGCAAGACCUACGACCCGACCUACUCUGACUUCACCCAGUUCCGGCCUCCUGUGAGAGCCAGAGAGGACCAAAGACUGACCAGGUCAUCGUCUGUCCUGACGCAGGGUUUUUCAUCGGAAGAUUCCUCGGAGCCUUUUGGUUCUUCUCCAGAUUCAGUGGAGCACGGCAUGUUCUCCAACCUGAUGCUGAGCGAGCCCGAAGACAGCCCGUCGAUGAGCAUCAACUUUUCGCCCCUCACCAUGCUUCCCCACCUGGCCGACCUGGUUAGCUACAGUAUACAGAAAGUGAUCGGCUUUGCCAAGAUGAUCCCUGGGUUCAGGGAUCUCACAGCGGAGGAUCAGAUCGCCCUGCUGAAGUCCAGCUCCAUUGAAGUCAUUAUGCUCCGCUCAAAUCAGUCCUUCACCUUGGAGGAUAUGUCAUGGACCUGCGGCAGCAAUGACUUCAAAUACAAAGUCAGUGAUGUUACCCAAGCGGGUCACAACAUGGAGCUGCUGGAGCCACUUGUGAAAUUCCAGGUGGGCUUGAAGAAGCUGAACCUGCACGAAGAGGAACACGUGCUCCUCAUGGCCAUCUGCAUCCUCUCGCCUGACCGCCCCGGCGUGCAGGACACCGCGCUAGUGGAGACCCUUCAGGACCGCCUCUCCAACGUCCUGCAGAGCUACAUCCAGUGCCAGCAUCCUCCCCCGGGCAGUCGCUUGCUCUAUGCCAAGAUGAUCCAGAAGCUGGCGGAUCUGCGGAGCCUCAACGAGGAGCACUCCAAACAGUACCGCUGCCUCUCCUUCCAGCCGGAGCACAGCAUGCAGCUCACACCACUGGUCCUGGAAGUCUUCGGCAAUGAAAUCUCCUGAUUCUUUUUCUGGAUGCAGGGAUAAGCACCCAGAAAUAAAAGGAUAAGUCAGGCCAGCUUCCCUUAGGUGAGCAAAUUGAGAGGGGUGCCCCUUCACGGGGGGUUGUAUAUAGGCAGAUCAUUUUCACACUACUGGAAGUCCUGUGUCGUCUGCACACCAGCAGUCGCCUGGGUCGGCUUUCUGCAGAGCGGCGAGCAACCCAGCCAAGCAUUUAUUUUCCCCCUCCGUUGAGUGGCUUUUCUCCUUGCCUUCCUUCUGGAAGCGGCCGAUUUAACCCUUUCUGGAUGUCGUAAGGCUGGCUGCAACCUUCAUGCUCGGACCCUGCCUCACACCAACUCCUACUUUAUUUUAUUUUUAUUCUUUGUGUGUUCUACAAAGGAAAACCUCAAACUGGCAGCUCCGAUGCUGGGCCACGUGGAAGAAGGAAUGAGUGGGGACUUCUCACAAACUGAUGUUCCUGGCUGAGAGGAAGGGGUGUCCUUUUUCUAGCUCCCUCCGUUCCCCUUCCUAAAACACUUGUACCUGGGUGCCAUUCAAGUAGGGUUUCUGCCUUGUUCCAUCCCAAAGUCAGUCCCCACAUGUGAAUCCCUGCCUUCUGCCGCUGGCUGCAAAGCACCACUUGUUCAGCGCUAAAAAGAGGUUUUGAUCUAGGAAGAAUUUAAAACUUGCCUUCGGUGGGACUGAUUCCUUGCAUCUCCGUCUCCUCAGAGAGAGCUUUGUUUGCCAGGCGCGUGCAAUCGGAGGAUGCUCCGAAGCCAUGGUACGCUGUGGUCACUGCAUCACCGUUAACAUGACAAACGGACAGGAUGUCUGAGCUCACCCGAUCUCAGGGAUUGCAGUGUUGAGUGCCAUGCAGGUGUGCGAGAGAGCAAGAGGAAUCCACGCUAGCCAACAAGCAGUGCCAAGUCUGCUCCCGCCAUGUUUCAAACACUACUAGUGGGCAAGAUGAGAAAUCAAAGAACCCACAGGGACCUACAAUCCCCCCCGACAGCCUGUGAUCUGGAUGACAAAGGGCUGCCUGGCAGAUCUGCUGAGCCUGCUAAGUGUGAGGUCUUACGAUAGCUCCCUCUGCUUCUAUGGAGUUCCCCCUCUGUGCCCUAAAAGAGACCCCAUUUUGCAGCAAGAUUGCAGCCUUCGCUAGAGGAGUCCUUGUUUCUCAGCAGGAACAUUUGCAAUAAUGAAGGAAGGAAGCCGCAGCCAUGUUCAUAGACAGGCCUAACCCAGAAGAGGCCUGAGAUGAACCAGCCUAGGCUCUGCAGAGUUUUUUCUUUGCAGCGUAGGAGCCCUGUUCCCACCAUGGGAAGGGCCCAGACUCCACCAUGACUAUACCAACACUUGUAUUGUGCUCACACCUAUAGACCCGUCAGAUCAGAGGCCCCGUUGUGCAAAGUGCUGCCCAGACCCACAGCAAGUGGUAGGGGCUGGUGGAGAGAAGCAGAGAUCUCGAAUGCCUGAAAGUCUGACACAAGGAAGAGGGCAGGCAAGACUGAAGAGAAGCUGCUAGGCAGAGAAGCAAGAGCAUCACAGGUCCCUGCAUGGAGUCACGUGGGCUAUCCUGUACGGCAGAGGAAGGGCUCUGUUUUGUGUACUAUGGACAUUUGCCAUCUGCUAACCUGGACCUCUCUCAGACAGCCACCGCUGCCAUUGCAAACGAGAUAUUCAUUUCUCUAAUCCCAGAGAAUCAUCUAGCGGACAGCUCACGCAUGGCCAAGCUGCUGCCUCCUCUACCUUUUGCACUCACACCGGAAGGCUCUUGUUGCAUUUUGCCUCUAGCAAGUCACCAGCACAGCGCAGACAAGCGUAAGCCUCAAGUGUGUUUCAAGCCAUUUCUCCCACAUGCCAGAUUUCCAAGCACAUCUUGUAGGGGUGUGCAUUCGCCUGGACCAAGAGGUUUGGGACAAGAGAAAUGUCCCUAUUUUAAUGAAGUGUAGUCACAAAAUUCUUGAUUCUGGUAGCAAAAUGCAUUUAUCCUACAAUAGGGGCUAAACGGUGACUUUAGAGAGCAGGGAUUCCACCCAGCUAUCCUUGUGGGCUACAUGAAAUCAGAGUACUUCUCCCCACAUUCAUUUUUGGUUUGUCCCUGGGGCUGCAUUGCAUACGUCUCCCUGAAAAGCAGCCCGUACCAAUAGCCUCUAUAUCCAGGUACUCGCUGCCGGAGAUCCAGGAUUGUAUUUAACUAUAUACAGGGGGAGGGCGAUACGCCUGAAAAGCUGAAUUUGAAAUAAUAGAAUAGGAAAGCCCCGGUGUGAUGUUGUCAAGGGUGUAUCAGCACGUCGGCACUCGAACGCACUUUAAAUGGGCAGAGUUCAGGAGUGUGGGUAGCAGUGUGCGUGUGUGUGUGUGUGUGUGUGUGUGCACGCAUGUGUGUGCGCACGUGUCAGUCUUUUAAAAUACAGAGGGGUUUUUUUAAGAUGGGUCUAUAAACAUUUACAAAGGGGAAUUUGAUUCAUACCCAGGGUUAAAAAUUUUUUUUUUUAAAUCCACCUGUCUGGAAUGAUUAACAAGCUCCUCGGAUAUAUCCUGGGAAACAAAUAAUCCUGUCUAAAAUAACGCCCGGCCUCUUCUGGCAAACUCCCUUCAGCCCAGCCGUUGUCGCUGAAAGGGCAAGCAUGAAAGCGGAUCCUUGGACAACAACGUGCCUUGAGCUCGCUUUUAGUGCAGUGAAUGUCCCUCCCGCCAUCCUCCCUCCCCUCCCCUCCCCUCCCCUCCCCUCCCCUCCCCUCCUAGGAAAAUCACUGUGUCUUAAUACAAUUGUCAGCUUUUUUUGGUGCCUUAAAACACGGACGUGUCUUGUAUCCUGGCUGUGACCUGUUGCUGCUGAAAAUGUCUUGUCUGCUUCUGCAGCUCUGGGCCGGACUCUCCCCUCGCUUCAUUCUCUGGUCUUUUAUCUAGUCCUGCUGGAUCCUGCAUGCUACCCGGUUCCCCUCCUGGUCCUGUUUGCCCCUCCAUGCCCCAGUCUGAGCGGUCUCCUUGGACCUCCUCGCUCAUAGCAAAAAUUCAGUGUCUGCAAAGACUUUCUCCGUUACAUGCAUGCGCUUCACGGCCUCGGCGCUCUGCUAAAUGCCUGUCCUCUUCCUGCCUCAGUCCUGGCGACUUUCUGCCACUCUUGGCACCUGCUUCUACCCUCCUGCCUCAUCUUCUGCCUCUUCCUGGCUUCCUUCUGGGGCUAAAUCAGCGCCGGGCACUGCAGCAUCCUCGUUCCUUCCUCCGACUUCCAAAACUCUCUUGCAAUCUGAGCUUCUUGCAUAACGGGGGUGAAGCCGAAUGCAAUUUUUCAUGGGGGUGGGGGUGACGUCUCCAAGGAGAACAACCUCCAGAGGAAGCCUGAAAGCUUUCUGGGAGGGAGCAAACAACGGGAUGGUUCCCCGAACGUGCUGAAGCGAUUCCUUUAGCCAAGCACCCAAUUUAUUCAUAAGGAAGCGCUGCCUUGAAAAUGGCUCCAACCCUCCUCCCGGCAACUCAUCCCGUGGUGCCUGCCCCUUCGAGUCGCCUAUCUGCUUGCACCCAAGCAACGUGUUGGGCCCCAUUUCUGAAGGGUGGGGGAGAGGUCUGGUUUUGACCCCAACAUGCUCCAUCUCCCCCCAUCCUCUCCAGGCUCCUUGCAGUCCUGCUGCUGAGAUAGCCAGCCCUCUCCACGGGUUUCCUGCAUCCAGCUGUGUAUCUCCUUGCCUUCCCUCCUCCACGCGAUCCACCCACGUUCUUCUGGGGCUUGCUGUUCCCUUGGCCCCUUUGCCCCACUGUCAGUGAUGUGGCUUGUUUCCAUGCUGCUGCUACUGCUUGGAUCAGCUCUUCUCUCCCCAAGCCCAGCUCCCAUGGGAAGUAAGCAACCCACCUUGCCCUCCCAAACCGGAGUCCCCUUCCCGUCACACCCACUCGUGCCUUUUAGACUGGAAGCUGUUCAGGGCAGGGACAUUUAUGGCUGCUUUUCACCCACAGCCAUCGCUGAAAAUGAUGGGAGGUUUCUUGGUGUUUGCAUCUGUGCCGCUAGCAACAUCUCCCCUUUGCAGACCGGAGGAGAGGCGUUGUGCCGGACUGAGCUCGAUCUCCUUCAGGAUGGAAACUUGGCCAUGACGAGGCACCGCAGCACUGGGGCAGAAGGGGAGACCUCAUCCCAGUUGCUCCCGCUUCGAAUAGGCACGGGACUGUUCCCUUUUCAGGGGCUCAGAUGUAGGGGGCUUUAAAAAUAGGAGUCCAGAUACAAGUUGGAAGUGGUCAGGGAAUGGACUUGGCUUCCACAACUGACCUUUUCUUUUAAAAUUUAUUUCACAACUCUCAGAUCCCAUCUUCGAUGGGAAAGCGUCUGAUGUUGCGGGAUUUCCUGUUUUCUGGAAACAGGGAAUUUUCCAAAAAAUAUCAUUUUUUCCUUCAAGAGACCCUUUUGAAUGAGCUGUGAUGUAACCCAGUGUUGAAUGACACCCAUGACUCCCUUCCUCACGCUCUCAGCCCAAGCUCAGCACAGCCACCCGACGCGCCAUGGCCGCGAUGAUUAUUUUUCAGCGGCUAUAAACUGCGUCUUACCCCUAUAAUUCCAGCUUUACAUCAGUAUUGCUGUGCCAGGAAGUGACAGUUGCUGCGUGAAGGUCCGUUCUGCGUAUAUCCCACUUCAUGUCUGCCAUUCUGGGUAAACCAAUGCGUGGAAAAGGCCAUGGGCAAGAAUUAGCACUGCAAUAAAUGUUGAGAGAAACUCAGCACGUCAGGGACCAGAUAAAAAACACAGGUCUGAUAUUAUCUCAGCUAGAAGAACGUGUGUUUUUUUGGGGGGGUGGGGGGAUAGAGUUGGUUGGCUUUUUAAUAUUGAGCCUGUUAAUAAAAAAAUUAUAUAUAUCUAUAUCUCUCUAUCUCUGUCUAUAUCUAUAUAGAUAGAUUUAUCUAUACUUAUCUCUAUCUAUAUAGAGAUAUAGAUAGAUCUGUCUAUAUAGAUAUAGAUAGAUAGAUCUAUCUAUAUAGAGAGAUGGAUAGAUCUGUCUAUCUAUAUAGAUAUAGAUAGGGAUAUAGAUAGCUAGAUUUAUCUAUAUAGAUAGGGAUAUAGAUGUAUCUAUCUAUAUAGAUAGAGAUAGGGAUAUAGAGAGAUAUAUCUAUGUAGCUAGAGAUAUAGAUAGAUAUAUCUAUCUACAUAGAUAUACAUAGAUAUAUAGAUAUAUCUAGAGAGAUAAAGAUAGAUCUAACUAUAUCUAUAUAGAUAGAUAUCUAUAUAUAGCUAUACAUAUAUGUUACGAAUCCAAGGAAUGAUUGCAACAAAUUGCCAGAUGAUUGAUUGUUGACAUGUCCAUAACUAUUUAAUAUAGGUGGAAAUGCUUUAUUGUAAACUGUAAAUUGAAUUUUAAACCUAGAAAUCGUAUUUAAAGCUGCUUUUGGGUUGGUAGACGCGGCAACGCUCCCCCGUCCCCCCCUCUUCGGCGUGUAAAACAGGCGUGUACAAUCCCAUGAGACGCUUCCGACUGUGAAACAGAUUUCUGUCGUUGCCUUGUGUACUAGAGGACAGGAAGGCCGUGCACUUUAUCUGUAGGAAGACCUAAUUGAGAAAUCUCUAUUUUUAAUUAUAGUGAUGACUAGAGGUGAUUGCUGCCUGUUUUCCCCCUCCCCUCUUGUUCGCCUUGAGCUUUUUCUAAUGGACACGAGAAGCCGGAAAGAAAUGCGUUUGAAUGUGAAAUCUCCUUCAGAGCUUUGCACAGGACGCUGGAUGCUGUCUUACAUGCAUAACUGUAAUAUGCUGUUACCUUAUUAAUAAAGCCUGUCGCUUUGUGGAAAGCUCA